AUGGCAGUAAACUCCUACCCAGGCGAGCAAGGUAACUACCGCCACCAGAAGAAGACCUCAUCAGACCAGUCUUCUGGUGGCGGUACGACAUCGAACGCACAGCCUCAGGCUGCAGGUCAUGCAUCGCUGCCGCAGAACCCUUUGAGGGACAACGGCCCUCAGGCUCAGUCACCUGCCGGCUACGGCUCCCAGAUGGGUUACAAUCUGGAGUCUGACCCGAGCCCCAAAGAAGCUCGAGUCGCCGUCUCGGGCGAAGGACGAAAUAGCCGCCUGACGCUAGGGGUCUGGGACACCGCCGUCACCUUCCGCGUCGGCUUGCUGGCUUCUCUGCGCAGCCGCAAGCUCAACUCCCAGACCAUCGGUCGGGUGUUGUGGUUACCGCCAGCCACAACCCUGCUGUCGACAGUGGUGCCAAGGUCGUUGAGAGACCUCAGGGGCGAGAUGCUCGAGGAGGAGGGCAGGAGAGUAAGGGGGAGGAAGAAUGGUUGAGAGUGAAGGAAUGCGGAAUUGUGGAAUAAGAGUGUUGUCUUGGGGUUCGCUCGAUGCGCAUGUGGAUCAGUCUUGUAUAUAUCGAGCGCUAGUCUUUCUUCUUCUUCUUCUUCUUCAAUCAACAAGUUCAAU